CUCCUCUUUCCCCAAGAAUACCCCUUCAGACGCCACAAAUGAGUUUUCUCCCGUGCGUCCUAGUUGCUGGCACUUUCGUUAUUUAUCUCGUUGUUUGCCUGUAUCGUCUCUUUUUCAGUUCAAUCACCAAGUUCCCAGGCCCUCGGUUGGCAGCUUGUACCUUUUGGGUGGAGUUUUGGUAUGAUGUGGUGAGGGAUGGGAGAUUUGGCUGGAAGAUACAGGAGUGGCAUCGUCGUUAUGGUCCAAUAAUUCGCAUCAACCCGUCUGAAAUUCACGUUUCGGACCCCACCUUCUACCACACCCUCUACGUUGCAUCUUCUGUUCGACAAACCAACAAAUGGUCUUUCUCUGCCCAGAUGUUUGGCACUACUUCCGCUUCCGUAGGCACCGUGGACCACAAGCUACACAAGCUACGUCGCGCCGCACUCAAUUCAUAUUUCGCACAGAAAAAAUCAGCUGCGCUGGAACAAAAAGUAAGGCAGUUUGUUGAUAGGCUGGUAGAAAGACUUGGAGAGAGCAGGUGGACGAAUAACCCCGUGAAUCUGGUCGAUGCUUUUACGGCCCUAACAGCUGAUAUAAUAGGCGAAGUUGUGUUUGGAACCAGCUUUGGGCUUUUAGAAAAGGAGAAAUGGGAAAUUGGUGGUGGGAAGGAAAGACAUAUGUUUAUGAUGCAGUUGAGUCGGAAUACGCAUUUGAUGAAACAAGUUCCUUGGAUUUACGGUAUCAUGAAGAAGGUGCCGAGGAGGGUGCUUAAACUGGUGCACCCGCUGACGAAAGAGCUUUUCGAGCUGCAGGACUGGAUUGCGGACAAAAUACAUACCGCGGAGAAUAGAAGGCCAAUAGCACCAAACAAGAUGAACUGGAAAGAUUGUGGUGAUGGACAGGAAGAGGGACAAGAUCAAGAAAGAUGUCUACUCGACGAAUUGAUAGUAUCGCCUCACCUCCCUGCCCCCGAGAGAUCUCUCCAACGGCUCGCGGAAGAAUGUCUGACUCUCCUCGGCGCCGGGACUGUAACAACGGCCUGGACACUGUCAGUAACAACAUACCAUAUCCUCGCCAACGCGGACGUUCACUCAAAACUCUGCGCCGAACUAGUUUCUCUCCCCCAAGCGUAUUCCUACCACGACUUGUACCGACUACCUUAUCUCAGCGCUGUGAUACAUGAAGGACUGCGUCUCUCUCAUGGCACAUCGCACCGUCUCGCACGCAUCUCACCAUCAGUCUCCCUCAAUUUCCAAGACUGGGAGAUACCGCCCGGGGUUCCUAUUAGCAUGACCUCUAUGUAUAAUAUCCAUCUCAACUCCACGGUCUUCCCAUUCCCAUACGUUUUUGAUCCGCAGCGCUGGCUCGGAACGGUAGAGGAUGUAAAAGAAAGGAGGAAAUGGUUAGUACCAUUCUCGACGGGAAGUAGGAUGUGUGUUGGUCUCCCUUUGGCGUACCUGGAGCUGUUUCUUGCGCUGGGGGCGAUGUUUAGGGCUGGGGGAGAGGGGAAGGGGAAGCUGAUUAACUUGGAGUUGUUUGAGACUAAGGAAAGAGAUGUGCAAGUUGAACGGGAUUGGUUUAACCCAGCGCCUUGGGAGGGGAGCAAGGGGGUGCGGGUUUUGGUGAGGUAA